AUGGGCGCUGGGCCCUGCGUGUGUGUUUUGCCUGACGACGUAGCUGCUGAAUAUUCAUCAGGAGACAGCAGUAACUCAGUUGAUCCCGUGGAUGCCAAGGAGGAACUCUUGGAAGAAUGUGAGAGCAUUUGGAAGCAGAUGGAAGAGUGUCAGAGCAAGCUAAUGCUUCUAGGAAAGGAAACAGUGUUAAAAUCGGAUGACCAGCUUUCGUUGUUAACAAUGCAAGUGAAAGCUUUAACAGCGGAAUAUAAUCAAUGGCAAAACAGAAGCCCUGAAAUAAUUUCUACCAAUCCAGAUGUACUGUUAGCAUUAGGAAAAGAAGAGUUGCUGAAAGUAAAGAAUGAUCUUGAAAUGGUGCUGUCAACAGUUAAGUUAAAGAAUAAACAACUGGUAGAAGAUCUGAAAAGAGAACAACAAUGGCUUGAUGAACAGGAGCAGUUACUACAUGCUCUUAAUGGACUUGAAGAAGAGACAAAAACCCAAGCUGAACGACUUCCCAGAAGAAGUACAGCACUUAAUGAGCUGCAGAAUAAAAUGCUGAAAAUACAGUUAUAUAGGGAAGAACUCUUGAAUGCUCUGGGUGAAUUCCUAGAAGAUCAUUUUCCCCUUCCAGAGAAAGGUGCAAGUUCUAAAAAGAAGAAUUCAAAAGAGCCAAAUGUGGAACUGAUAACACUGCAUGAAAUUUUAGAGAUUCUUAUAAACAAAUUAAUGAGCACACCACAUGAACCCUAUGUAACAAUCAAUGAGUCAUUUUGGCCACCUUAUCUUGAGCUGCUGCUACGAUACGGAAUUGCCCUGAGACAUCCAGAGGAUCCAAACAGAAUACGCCUAGAAGCCUUUCACAUGUAG